CCCACUGAGCAAAUAAUGACGUAAUGAAUAUUGGACUAUGUACCAAAUUACAUUCAUGUAGAUGUACAUGUAUGUGUAGUCACCAUCCAUGUGUGUAGUCACCAUUGGUGCUGGGACGCCGACUAUAAAAACAAAUCAUUAGGACAUUGUGUCUUGGGCUUCACGGUGGUCAACUGCAAAGAUGGAACAACCCAAAAAAGGAUUGUUGGAGCGUUUGGCUGAGGGGGUUGUGGUGGGUGAUGGCAGCUUCAUUUUGACAAUGGAGAAGAGGGGCUAUGCAACUGCUGGUGCAUGGACUCCGGAGGCUUGUGUCCUACACCCAGAAGCAGUUAGCCAGCUUCAUCGAGAGUUCAUACGAAACGGCUCUGACGUGUUGCAGACAUUUACCUUCUACUCAUCAGAUGAGCAACUACAGCAUGUGGCCUCAGCCGUAUAUGACAACGUACCGGCCGAACAAAACAACAAUAUCAACAUGAAGACUCUGACUGCUGCAGAAGUCAAUGCUGCUGCCAUCGACAUUGCUCAAGGUGUGGCACAAGAGGGCGGUGCACUAGUUGCUGGCUCGGUGUCUCCUUUAUCGGAAAUCAGCUUUCAUAAAGGCAAAGAACACUCACAGAACGAGUUCAGAAAGCAGAUGUCAAUGUUCAAAGAGAAGGGUGUGGAUUUCCUUCUCGGCGAGUUUUUUAAGAAAGUGGAAGAGGCUGAGUGGGCGAUAGAAACCAUGGUGGAGAUGGGCAUUCCAGUAGCAUGUACUAUGCGUCUACCUCCAAGUGGUGACCACACUGGCGUCUCUGUUCAGGAUUGUGCUGUCCGAAUGGCUAAAGCAGGUGCCAGCCUAGUAGGUGUGAACUGCUUGUAUGAUCCAUCCAUCUGCCUCAAAUCCAUGGCCCUGAUGAAGGAAGGCCUGGAGAAGGCGGGACUCCAGACGUAUCUCAUGGUCCAACCUUUUGGUUACCAUUCACAAGAUCCAGGCACCGAAGCACAUCCAAUGGGCUACGAGGCGCUACCACAGUUCCCUUAUGCAAUGGAGCCUCGUGCUUUAACCCGUAUUGAUGUUCAUCGUUUUGCUAGAGAGGCUUAUGAGCUGGGAGUUCGUUACAUUGGAGGAUGUUGUGGAUUUGAGCCACACCAUAUCAAAGCAAUAGCAGAAGAGUUGGCUGAAGAGCGGGGUCGCCAUCCACCUAGUGCGGGAGCCCUAGGCUCGUGGAAAAGUCUCGCCCUCUGUGAGGUCAAAACCUAUGCGGAAAAGGCCAAUUGGGAGUAUUGGGACAACUUGACACCAACGGCCGGCCGUUCUAUCGAAGCAUUCUCAGAUCUUGCACCAGCCAGCUUGAUUGAUUGAUCGAUUGAUUGAUUGAUUGAUUGAUUGAUUGAUUGAUAGAUUGAUUGAUUGAUUGAUGACGAGAAAGUAACUUUCCAUCAGAGGUCCAGUUUAUUCUGUUUCAAAUGCCAGGACGAUCAAUAAAAGCAAUUUUCCAAAUGAAAUAUCACCGGGUUUGAAAUCAGGAAAAAGGAUAGGAAAAAAAGAGACCUUUAAUAGACUAACCCAGAGUGGUUCUUAGCAUAAUGAAUAGAGUAUACAGACUUUAUGAUUUUAUAAUUGAACAAGAUUUCAACAACAGGGUGAUUGGGUGAAAAGGUUUAGCAUAGCAUCUCUGUGGGAAAAACUCCCCAAAACACACACCAUUAGAAAGAACGUGAAACAUGUCGCGAAACCUAAGAUUUUGAGAACAAAACAAGUUACGAUUUUAAAAACUUUAAUAAAAUAGCCUGUACAUUCCAAACAUUUGUUUUUAAAGAUGUGUGUUUACAGUCUUCCCGCAACCGAUAGUUGAUUAUAUCGGUCAUGUAUUCCAGUGUCAUAGGGACAUCUGUCACCCGGAGAUUCAGUGUGGCCCCCCCCCACCCCCU